AUGGCAGGGGAAGUGAUGGAAAAGCAAGAUAAUGAUAAAGAUGUAAGUGAAGGAAAGAAAAAGUUGUCUAGUUGGCUAAACAAAAGUAUGAAAGUCCGAAUGACAGAUGGAAGAACUCUUAUUGGUAUAUUCCUUUGUACAGACAAGGAUAGAAAUGUUAUAUUAGGUUCUUGUGAAGAGUAUCUGAGACCACCUGAGAGUAAAGAGAAAGAAGAGCCUCGUAUUUUGGGAUUAGCUAUGAUCCCAGGUCAUCAUGUUGUCAGCAUCUCAAUCGAUAAAUCCCAGCUUCAGGAUCCCGAUAUUCAGUGAGGUUAUUAAAAAAGAGAGAUUGCUUGAGCUGGUACAAAGUACAGAGCAGAGUUCUGUGCCCUUGAAUACUGAAAAGACUGCUCUACCAAAAACGCUUACCAGUUAGUUAUAUCCCAGAUACAUGUAAAAAAAAAAAAAAUGCCGAUUUCAAACCAACAAUACUGCAUCCUGACAACUGUGGCUCAUGUAUUGCACUAGAUAAAAACUUCAAUUGACAUAUUCAAUAUGUUCUUCAUGUGAAAUUAAAUACUAAACUGUGAAUGAAA